AUUCGUCUAUUAAAUUUUCAAAACUAUGAACGAUUUGAAUAACAUGCCAGAUGCGGACGACGUAGAAGAGGAGGAAAUGGCAGAUAUUGUUGACGAUGAAGAAAAUUCAUACUCUCAAAGAAGAGGAGAGAGAAAAAUUAUAAAAAGUGAAUUCAAACACGAAGAAUUACGAGAAAUUGGUUCUUCAGCGAUUUGGUCACUAUCAAGCUGGAAACAUGGUAAUGGUGUAGAUAAAUUGCGUGAUGAUAAUUUUUUGACAUAUUGGCAAUCGGACGGUACUUUACCCCACCUUGUCAAUAUCCAAUUUCCACAGAAAGUCAAUGUUGUGCAAAUAUCACUUUGGCUUAAUUACAAAAGUGAUGAAAGUUAUACACCAAACAAAAUAACAAUUAGGGCUGGAACUCAUAAUGGAGAUCUUCAGGAUUUAAGGACUGUUGAACUUGACGAGCCGCUUAGAUGGGUCGAUAUACAGCUCAGUGGAGACGAAAUAUUGAGUAAAACAAGUCGUCCAGUGGGUGCACACCUUUUUCAAAUAGCAAUUAAAGCAAAUCAUCAAAACGGGAAAGAUACACAUAUACGGCAGAUUAAGGUGUUUGCUCCAAAACUUCCGCUCUUCUAUGAAGACUAUUCUGAUGAUGAUAUCCCGUUUAAAACAGUCGAAUUUGCAAUGCAUGAAACUAUACGAUGAAAAUUUUAUAGACAAUAGAGUAAAUUUAAUAUUUAAUCUUUUUAUACUACUCUUAAUAUAUAUACCUUAUAAUAAUAGUUACACUGGAUGUACCACAUUUGUACACAUUGAAUAAAUAAACCAAUUCUAAUUCAAAUUAUAUAAA